GGCGGGGAUACGCCCACCGAAGGGAGGKGACAGCUCCCGUAAGGUGGAGGUAGGUUGUGCCUCACGUAGGCCCUAUCUUGUCGUAGGGGCUCGCGGGAGUUGGGAGGCCGGGGAUGGAGGGUUGGUGGUAGCCGAGGGGGAUCCGGGAGGGGGGAUGAGAGAGGUGGGGAUCGAUGGAGGGAAGUAGGGGGAGGGAAGCCGGGAUGGGGAGGGAAGUCUGCGGAGGGAGGUCGGGGAGGGAGGCCGGAGGAGGGAGGUCAGGGGAGGGAGGUCGCAAUCUGGGGAGAGCGGGGAUCAUGGGAGGGAAGGUCGGGAUCGAGGCGAGGAGGUCACAUCGAGGGAGAGCAGGGAUCGAGGGUGGGGAAGUCGGGAUCAGUGCAGGGAGGUUGCAAUUGAGGGAAGUAGAGGUCAGGAAGGAGAAAUGGGAUUGGAGACGAAAUUCGGGAUCAGGGGACAGAGGUGGGGAUAAAUGGGGGGAAGUGGGGGGAAGGAAAUCAGGAUGGGAACGGCAGUUGCUGGACGGAGGUCGGGGGAAGGAAUCCGGAGGAGGGAGUCAGGAUCGAAGGAGAGAGGUGGGGAUCGGUGGAGGGAAGCCGGGAUCGGGGGAGAGCCGGAGUCUGGACGAGCAUGUGGAACAUGUGCGCACCGUUUUGGAACGGCUACGACAGGCCAAGUACAAAGCAAACCACAACAAGUGCGAGUUCGCACAGCAGGAGCUGGAGUACUUGGGACACUAUGUGACGCCGCAAGGCAUCCGUCUGCUUGCGGACAAGAUCGAGGCCCUACGAGUAUGGCCCGAGCCCUGCACCUAUGACGAGGUUACAGUCGCCAAAGUCUUGGAACAGCACGACGGCGACGACUGGCACCCUGUGGAGUAUUUCAGCCACAAAGUGCCUCCCAUCAACUCGCUUGAUGAUGCAAGGAAGAAGGAGUUGCUCGCAUUCGUGAUGGCUCUCAAACGCUGGCGGCACUUCCUCCUUGGGCGUCGUAAGUUCACAUGGAUCACAGACAACAAUCCACUGACCUACUACAAGACGCAGGACAUGAUGAGCAGCACGAUCGGACGAUGGAUGUACUUCAUCGACCAAUUUGACUUUACAUCAAAGCAUGUCCCCGGCCUCUCCAAUCGCGCAGCAGAUGCACUCUCGCGAAGACUUGGUCUUUGCGCGAUGACACAUCAUGCCUUCGCAUUCGACGAGGAGCUUCAGCGACACUUCAUCCGGGCAUAUCAGUCCGAUCCGGACUUCGGCACGCUCUAUGCACAGCUAUCUUCAGAUCACCCGCCGGCCAGCCAUUACCGCAUUGUCGACGGAGCCGUUGGCACCGGCACUGCUGCCUAGUCUACCCCACCUCCGGGCCACCGCCAACGGCUCUACGCCGAAAACUGAUAGACCGUAGUAAAACGUUCUAUUCAGC